GUGACCCAGGCAGACCAACCGCUGCCUGGGAGCGUCAUCCGCGUUCGCUUCUCCUGCUCCCCUGUCACCACGCCCCCAGCUCUUCGACCCCCUCCCUCUUCCCUGUGGCGCCCACCUCGUCUCAGGUUUGAUCCUGGGUUGGACCUGCGGUUUUGCUCCUCCGCACACUCAGCCUCUCCAUCAGCCCCAAGAAGUGAAAUCUGCACUGAAACUCUGGGUGGCUGGAGCCCUCGGACUGGGCAUGCUCAGAAGCCAGGGCUGGCUUUGGUCUCAAGUAGGAAGCUUUUGCACUCCAGAGGCAGCGGCGACUUUGGGGAAAGUUGAUCAGAGAGGGGAGGAAGCCCCAAGACGUGGAGCAGCAUCUGGAAGGAACCCCCGGCAGCCCGGAGGAGCAUGGGCACCCUGCGGGAUUUACAGUAUGCGCUCCAGGAGAAGAUCGAGGAGCUGAGGCAGCGGGAUGCUCUCAUCGACGAGCUGGAGCUGGAGUUGGAUCAGAAGGACGAACUGAUCCAGAAGCUGCAGAAUGAGCUGGACAAGUACCGCUCGGUGAUCCGGCCAGCCACCCAGCAGGCGCAGAAGCAGAGCGCGAGCACCUUGCAGGGAGAGCCGCGCACCAAGCGGCAGGCGAUCUCCGCUGAGCCCACAGCCUUUGACAUCCAGGAUCUCAGCCAUGUGACCCUGCCCUUCUACCCCAAGAGCCCACAGUCCAAGGAUCUCAUCAAGGAAGCCAUCCUUGACAAUGACUUUAUGAAGAACUUGGAGCUGUCGCAGAUCCAGGAGAUUGUGGAUUGUAUGUACCCAGUGGAGUAUGGCAAAGACAGUUGCAUCAUCAAAGAAGGAGAUGUGGGGUCGCUGGUGUAUGUCAUGGAAGAUGGUAAAGUUGAAGUUACAAAAGAAGGUGUGAAGCUGUGCACCAUGGGCCCAGGCAAAGUGUUCGGGGAGUUGGCUAUUCUUUACAACUGUACCCGGACAGCGACCGUCAAGACUCUUGUAAAUGUGAAGCUCUGGGCUAUUGAUCGACAAUGUUUUCAAACAAUAAUGAUGAGGACAGGACUCAUAAAGCAUACCGAGUAUAUGGAAUUUUUAAAAAGUGUUCCAACAUUCCAGAGCCUUCCUGAAGAGAUCCUCAGUAAGCUUGCAGACGUCCUUGAAGAGACCCACUAUGAAAAUGGGGAAUAUAUCAUCAGGCAAGGUGCAAGAGGAGACACGUUCUUUAUAAUCAGCAAAGGAAAGGUAAAUGUCACUCGUGAAGACUCACCAAGUGAAGAUCCAAUCUUUCUUAGAACUUUGGGAAAAGGAGAUUGGUUUGGAGAGAAAGCCUUGCAGGGGGAAGAUGUGAGAACAGCCAACGUAAUCGCUGCCGAAGCCGUGACCUGCCUUGUGAUUGACAGAGAAUCUUUCAAGCAUUUAAUUGGAGGAUUGGAUGAUGUUUCUAAUAAAGCAUAUGAGGAUGCAGAAGCUAAAGCAAAAUACGAAGCUGAAGCUGCUUUCUUCGCCAACCUGAAGCUGUCUGAUUUCAACAUCAUUGACACCCUUGGAGUCGGAGGUUUCGGACGAGUAGAACUGGUCCAGUUGAAAAGUGAAGAAUCCAAAACCUUUGCGAUGAAGAUUCUCAAGAAACGCCACAUUGUGGAUACAAGACAACAGGAGCACAUCCGCUCAGAGAAGCAGAUCAUGCAGGGGGCUCAUUCCGACUUCAUAGUGAGACUGUACAGAACAUUUAAGGACAGCAAAUAUUUGUAUAUGUUGAUGGAAGCUUGCCUAGGUGGAGAGCUCUGGACCAUUCUCAGGGAUCGAGGUUCAUUUGAAGAUUCUACAACCAGAUUUUACACAGCAUGUGUGGUAGAAGCGUUUGCCUAUCUGCAUUCCAAAGGAAUCAUUUAUAGGGACCUCAAGCCAGAAAAUCUCAUCCUAGAUCACCGAGGUUACGCCAAACUGGUUGAUUUUGGCUUUGCAAAGAAAAUAGGAUUUGGAAAGAAAACAUGGACUUUUUGUGGGACUCCAGAGUAUGUGGCCCCAGAGAUCAUCCUGAACAAAGGCCAUGACAUUUCAGCCGACUAUUGGUCCCUGGGAAUUCUAAUGUAUGAACUUCUGACUGGCAGCCCACCUUUCUCAGGCCCAGAUCCUAUGAAAACCUAUAACAUCAUAUUGAGAGGGAUUGACAUGAUAGAAUUUCCAAAGAAGAUUGCCAAAAAUGCUGCUAAUUUAAUUAAAAAACUGUGCAGGGACAAUCCAUCAGAAAGAUUAGGGAAUUUGAAAAAUGGAGUGAAAGACAUUCAAAAGCACAAAUGGUUUGAGGGCUUUAACUGGGAAGGCUUAAGAAAAGGCACCUUGACACCUCCUAUAAUACCAAGUGUUGCAUCACCCACAGACACAAGCAAUUUUGACAGUUUCCCUGAGGACAAUGACGAACCACCACCUGAUGACAACUCAGGAUGGGACAUAGACUUCUAAUGUAUUUCUCUUACCUGCUUCUGCCUUGCUGAAGACAGCUUUUUCUGAGACACAGCUGCCAGCAAACCUGAGGGAAAGAGAGAAGAUUAGUGCUCGGGGUCACCAUGAUGCCUUUGAUCGAUGCUGCUCCAGUAACUCCAGUGGCAUUAGGACUUAUCGCUUAGAUGACAAUAGUGCUCUUUUUACAUGUUUUCUGUUUGAACCUAAAAAUAGCAGUUGACAUGGUGGUCCUGAAGCAAAGCCUUUCACCAGUAAAGAGAUGUUUUCUAUUGUUGCAAUGAUCUAGCUUCGCUCUGAUUAUAAUUUGAAAGACAGUAAGAAACACUCAAUCUCAUAAGAGAGUCUGUACCUUGCUAGAAUGAUCCACAAGAUCCAAAAGUAAUAUAUUGGGUACGAUAGAUUUCUAUGGUACAAAAACUGGGCUCUUCCCUUUCUUCAUGUGAGGGUUGGAGGAUCUGUUACCGCGGGCCGGUGUACAUACCACACAAAAGAGGACCACGCAUCUGUCAGUCACAGAGUUCGUGUCAAACCAGUGCUAGAAGUCCCAUGAUUUCAUUUCCCAGCUGUGCUGAUGACAAGACUGAAUGUUACCUUUCCUUUCUGACAGAUUUAAAAAAAAUGGUACAUUAAAAGCACAACUGCUAUGGGUUCUGCUGAGAAACCCCAUAGCAGGUAUAUAUGCGUUUUCACAGAGGAUUGAAAACAACCAACAUGCAUGAUAUUUGUGUUUUUUUUUUUUGAUAAAUUGGCAUGACAGAGUGGAAAAAAGCAAUU